CCAGUUAGGACAUCAGUACAUUUUGUUCUCUCUAUUACAGACAGCACAGACUUAAUUACCCGAAACAAUAAUGAAAUCGGUAGCUUUGAUCGCAUUGAUGAGCUUUACUGUAGCUAUGGCUGCUACUAGGACAAGCGACAACACUGGCAUGAUGAUGGAAGAUACUCAUACUGGUCACAAAGAAGAAACCCACCAAUAUAGAUCGUAUGGAGCUCCAGCCCCAUCAUACGGACCAGCACCAUCAUAUGGCCCAGCACCUGCUCCAGCUUAUGCUCCUGCUCCAAAACCAAGCUAUGCUCCAUCAUAUGCCCCAGCACCAGCUCCAUCAUAUGCCCCAGCACCUGCACCAUCAUAUGGACCAGCACCAGCUCCAUCAUAUGGCCCAGCACCAGCUCCAGCAUAUAAACCAGCUCCAGCAUACAAACCCGCCCCAGCUCCAGCAUACAAGCCAGCUCCAGCUUACAAACCAGCACCAUCAUACGCUCCAGCCCCCGCUCCAUCAUAUGCACCAGCCCCAGCACCAUCAUACGCACCUGCUCCAGCUCCAUCAUACGCACCUGCCCCAGCACCAUCAUACGCACCAGCUCCAGCACCAUCAUACUCCGCCCCACCAUGCCCCAAGAGCUACUUGUUCAGCUGUGCCCCACAAGUGCAACACGUCCCUUGUGCCCCUGCUGGCGGAUAUGGUCAUGGUGGAUAUUAAUUUAAAUAAUAUGGUAAAAUGCACACUCAUCGAUCUUAGAACCAUUUCAUGUUUCAUUGUUUUGUAUUUCAUAUUUUUUUUUUAUAAAUAAAUAGAAUAUAGUUGAAAAAUUA